AUGAGUACACCAAGGCUGCAUCUUCAGCCGCUGAACGAGGCGCACCUCGUCCACUUCAAAGAGCUCAACUCGUAUCGUAAAGUCCCCCGAUUUAUACACGGUCGAGCGCUCACCGAGCGAGAAGCCACCGACGACCACGCCGCACGAUUGGCAGCCGGCACGCUCGUGGCCGGCCUGGUGCCUGGUCUGGCUUUUCAGUCGACGGCGGCGAAUUCGUUGGGUGGUGGGCACUGUCGCCCGUCCGGCGGGGGGGACGGCGCGCCGGACCCGACGGCGGCGGAUCUGGGCUACCGGCUGCUCCUCAAGUUCUGGCGGCAGGGCCUGGCUAGGGAAGGGGCGCGGGCGCUCGUGCGGCACGGGUUCGCGGCGCUCGGGCUGCAGAGGGCGCGCGGCGACACGAUGGCGGCUAACGCGGCGUCGCGCGCGACCAUGGCAAGCUGCGGGCUCGCGUACGUGCGCACGUUUUUUGUCGAGUUUGAGGAGCCGCUGCCGGGAACGGAGCUGGGCGAGGUUGAGCAUGCCCUGACACGGGAGUAG